AUGAAGAUCCAAACUCUUGCCGCCCUGCUCGCUGUCUGUGCACAGGCUAUCCAUGCUGCUCCAGUUGAAGCUAAACCGGCUGAUCAUGGCUUGGCCGCUCGCGAGGACCACUCCGCUGAGGACUGGAACGAGUGGUACAACAAGAAGGCCAUUAAGCGCGACGAGGAGUCUGCCGAGGACUGGAAUGAAUGGUACAACAAGAAGGCCAUUAAGCGUGAUGAGGAGUCUGCCGAGGACUGGAACGAGUGGUACAACAAGAAGGCUAUCAAGGCUUAA